AUCUCUGCGGGCCAAUGGCAGAGGCCUAAGGUCUCUAGGCAGUAGGGUGUGGCAUUGGCGGCUACCGCAAGUAGAGGCCGUCUAAUGUCGGGCCAAUCAGAGUGAGGAGGUGGGAGGAGACUAGCCAAUCAGUGUGCAGGAUAGGCGAGGCUUGGGGCUGAGGAGUCUCGCGCGGACGCCGCGGGCUCCCCAGCUUCUGUCAGGGGAGUCUGGCGUGCGGAGGCGACUGAGGAGGCGGGAAGGCGGUAGUGGUUGAAAGGGAAGGGGCGAUUGCUGAUUUGCUAGGAGGAAGUCCGAGGGAGUGGGCGGUCAUGGUGAUGGCGGCGAAGAAGGGCCCGGGGCCGGGCGGCGGGGUCGGCGGGGGAAAGACGGAGGCGGAGGCGGCUUCGGAGGUGUGGUGUCGCCGGGUGCGGGAGCUGGGCGGCUGCAGCCAGGCCGGGAACCGCCACUGCUUCGAGUGCGCCCAGCGCGGCGUCACCUACGUGGACAUCACCGUGGGCAGCUUCGUCUGCACCACCUGCUCCGGCCUCCUGAGAGGCCUGAACCCCCCUCAUCGAGUCAAAUCCAUCUCCAUGACAACUUUCACUGAGCCUGAAGUAGUUUUCCUGCAAUCCCGUGGAAACGAGGUUUGCAGGAAGAUUUGGCUGGGUCUCUUUGAUGCUCGGACAUCUUUAAUACCAGAUUCCAGGGAUCCUCAGAAAGUGAAGGAGUUUCUCCAGGAAAAAUAUGAGAAGAAGAGAUGGUAUGUCCCCCCAGAUCAAGUCAAGGGGCCCACUUACACCAAAGGCAGUGCCUCCACCCCUAUCCAGGGCUCCAUCCCAGAAGGGAAGCCUCUGCGUACACUUCUGGGGGAUCCUGUGUCAUCUCUUUCAGCUGAUGCCUCCACCUCUAGCCAGUCUGUUAGCCAGUCUCAGGCUCGGAUAUCUCAGCCCCGGAGCACUCAGCCACCUCCCCACUCCUCGGUCAAGAAAGCCAGUACUGACCUGCUGGCUGACAUUGGUGGAGACCCCUUUGCUGCUCCCCAGACAGUACCAUCAUUUGCUGCAUUCCCAGCCUUUGGGGGCCAGACACCUUCCCAUGGGGGCUUUGCCAACUUCGAUGCCUUUGGCAGUAGCCCCAGCUCUUCUGCAUUUGGAAGCAUUCCUCUGGCUCGCCAAACCCCGUUUCAGGCCCAGCCAACAGCCACAGCCAGUGGGAUGCUGACUGGAAGUUACAGCUUUGGGAGCAGCCAGGUGACUCCAUUUGGUGCCGCCUCUCUUGCACCUGCCAGUCAGCCCAACAGCCUCACAGAUAUGGGCGGCCUCCUGGGACCUGGGGCAUCAGCUGGAGGUAUCCCUAGCAGCAUCUUUGGGAUGACCAGCCAGGUCCCCACACUCCAGUCGGCCACAACUGGUGGAGGUGGCAGCACAGGGCUUGCCUUUGGAGCCUUCAGCAACCCUUUCACAGCACCUGCUGCUCACCCUCAGCUGCCUUCCACAAACCCAUUCCAGCCCAAUGGCUUGGCCACAGGACCUGGCUUUGGGAUGAGCAGUGCUGGACCUGGCUUCUCCCAGACAGUGCCACCCACCGGGGCCUUUGCCACCACCUUCCCACCACCGAUGUUCUCCCUGCAGACCUCGAUGCCUCAGCACCAGAAUGGAUCUUCCUUCAGUGACUUAGGAUCAGCCAAGCUGGAGCAGAGGCCACUCAGCCAGCCAGGGGGCAUCUCCACCAAUCCCUUCAUGCUGUUAAUAGGCAAUGUUGGAAAAGAACUGCAUUUGAAAGAAAAAGAAAAUGGCACUCGGUCUUGUUUGGGGCCAGCUGGAGUGCCCUCACAUCACUCAACAUGACUGCCUGGGUUGGUGUUAAUGUCGCCUGCGUUGCCUGCGAUGCUGCCUGCUGUUGGCCAAGGAUAGUUGGCCCAGGACAGGACUCCUAGCCCACAGAGCCAGCUCCUGUCUGAACUGGAGUCCCGUGUUAGCAAUGGGAGGGAGCAAGGCAGGGGAAGGGCUGCCUCUACUAGGGACGGGAGAUUGGUGGCUGUCAACCACUCCUAGGUGCAUUCUCAGCCCCUCCCCAGACUGUUUCCCCCUGAGGGUGUGUGGCAACAGCCUUGAUGUCUGUGUGGUGACAAGACAGACCGCUUGGGUUAAACACCUCCCCUGACGGAGGCGAGGCACAGCGCUUGGCCUUGAUGUCAGAAGAGGUUCCUCCCUUUUCCAGGUUGCCCAGAACUCUUGGCCCUUUAGCUGUUCGUUCUUGGGAUUUCUCUGGGUUUUUCUACCCAGUUACCUUUAACAGUGUAACAGCAAGAAGAAACAGGGAUUGGGUUAUCACUUUACUUGGAAGAUUUUUCUGAAAAUACCUCCAGCUGCUGCCAUUUGCCCAGCCAGGAUGGCUUCCCAACCUUUCCACCAUCCUGUCUUGUGUCUGUUUUCAUUCUCCCAGCCUCCCCUCCUUCCAUCUCCUGGUGGGAUCUCCCAGGGUGGACCACCAUCCUUUCCCCCUGGAUUUAUCAUGUUCUGUCUGUUUCCUUUUAGUAUUUUUCUGUUACCCUUGAUAUCUCUCUGCCCUUCCUCCGGUCUCUUUCGCAUUCCCUUUGCUUAGAGCCAGGGAAGGGCGGCGGGAAAGCUGGUAUCUGUUGCCGUGUAGUAGGGAAAGGAGCCUUUCUUAUUUUCCCCCAGCUCUCCCACCCCUCCUUUCCUAAGCAAAAAUACUGAGGUUUGGAGGUGAGAUUUAAAGAACCAAGAGCUGCAGUGAUUCUUACUGCAUGUUGCAGGCACACGCCUGCUGUUCCCCAGGGAUCUCCUUACUGCAUGGCGCCUGGGCCCAGGACCUCCCUGCAGUACCUUCUCCGUGCCUCCCAGUCACUCUGUCCAGUAAGGACUCCAGCCAGCUCACUGGCCAGAGCUGGUUGACCAGUCAGAAGUUAUACUGGGUCAGCCUCAGACCCCAGGGCAGAAAAGUCAAGAGUUCCCCAGGCACAAGCCAAGACUAGGACUGCAUCUGCCUCUCUUGGCAGCUUGGCUUCCUCUCUCCAGGUGAGUGGCAAAGAAUGGAAAAAUCCCUCACCUGAUAGAAAAUGUCUAAAUGACUGAGCUGUGUUUGUCCUGCCCUAACCCCUGGGGCAAUCCUGCAUUGCUCUGCCUGGUAGUUGCAAAUCUGAACCCCAGUGCGCACACACCGUGGGGCUGGAGGGACUCAGAAUGUGGAAAUCCCAUCCCACCAUCCCAUGGCUGUCCUGCACCUGGCAGAGGGAUGCACAGGUGGACCCCUGUGGUUGGAAGAGGUGUUCUCACCCAGCAGAGCUGAGGUUCUGCCAUUUCCUGUCCCAGGGGAGCAACUCAAGUUACCAGGGCAACAGGCUAGAAUAAAUCUUGUCUGGGUUAGGACAAGGGCAGUGUUGCUAGGGCAACUGAUUAGGCCAAUUUGACUCCAGGCUCUUUCUGUACCCAGCAGGCUAAAUCACCUGGCAUUGAUAACGAACCCAUCUACCACCACUACUUGCCCAGAACCCAGGCACUGAGAUCCCUGCUGCUUCCUGCUUUAUCUUUACCCACCAUUUAAGGUGAUCUAGAGCUGCUCUCUGACAGCAGCUGUGAUUUCCCAGGACGGGGGUGUUGCAAGGUGGCUUGGUUGAUGGGGAGUGGAAAGGAGUAGGUAUGACGAGACUCUCCUGUGGGUAGUUUCAAGUCAAACCUGUGGGAAAAGGCUCCAGGCCAGGGGCACAGCAGGUAGGCCCCAUGGGUGCCCUCCUCUAAAAGGCAGCACCCGGGCUGGGAAAGUGAGGGGCCUGCAGAUGGCUUUUUUGUCCCUGCCACUUUGCACAUUGGCAUCUGGUACAUAGAUGGCCAGACUAGGGACUAUGGCCUUGAACAUACUGUUUUUGGUGGCGACUUACAGACCCACACACCUGCCUCUCCCUGUGCACAACCUGAGCUGCCAGCACCUCUCCUGCUGUAUUGAUGGGGCUUUGCUGAGGGGGGAGGGGCACUUGGAAGUGGGCCUGGGCACACCUGCCUGCUGGCUGGAUACCCACCCUCAGGAUGCUGGUUGGUCCCGUAUACCACUCCCAGUAUCACCCUUAAAAGGUGUUUAAGGGCACCCGCCAGCUCCCAUGCAUCCUACACCUUUGGCUCCUCCAGUACUCCAGCCCCUUCUUUCCAGGCCUGGGACAUGGAAAAGCUCUACUCUCCCUAAAAAAGUCAGGUUCCCUUGCUCAGUACUCUUGUUACAUCUUUUCCUGACUGUGCCCCUCCCCAAACACCAUCUUUAAUGGAGGCUACACUUGCCCUCUUUCUCUCCCUUCCCCUCAGCUCUUCGCUUUAGGUAUCUUACUUUCCAUGAGAGUGAUAUCAUGAGGUCUUCUAAGGCCCCCAAUGGUGUCAACUGCUGGUUUGUCCUGUGGAGUGUGCACUGACCAGUGCCAUCUUUCCCCAAGAUAGUUGGUCCAUGGAAGAGGAGAAGUGAGUUGUAAAAAUGUUUGAAUUCCAGUCCUGGCCUGGUAGCUCAGUUGGUUAGAGCAUCCUCUGAUACUCCCAGGUUUUGGGUUUGAUCCCCAAUCAGGGUACAUAUAAGAAUCAACCAAUGAAUGCAUGAAUAAGUGGAACAACAAAUCGAUGUUUUUCUCCCUCUAAAAUCAAUUAAAAAAUUAAGUGUCUGAAUUCCAACCCCAUCUCAAACCUCUCAGGAAACAAAGGGCAAAGGAUACCCCCACCAGAGAGUCUGUACUGUGAUCAGAGAACAUUGCACAUUCAGCUGGCCCGUGGUGGCAUUUUUGGGCUGAGGUGAUGGGGCAGCAUGAUGGAAAUGCCCCUGAGACGGCCUUUUCCUCCGUGGAACCUCCUUCCAUGGUGUCUCUCGACCUGGAUUCUGGUGGGUAGGGGCCAAUCCACAAGUUUACUUAUCCCAGGACACCUCCUAUCACCCCAAAUCCACAGAGAACCUCUAGCUCCUUGAAAGUCAGCACAACCCAGUGCUGGGUGGUCUGGUUCCUAGAAUUACCUGGGAAGGAAGAGUACAAAACCAGUCCCGAGUGGGAAGGAUAUUGGACGGCUAGAACCAGAGGAGGGUGCUGCUGUAGGGGUGGCCGGGCUCCGCUGCAGGUGACUCAGGACUGCGGAUCGCGCAGCCAGCACAAUCACUGCUGACAGUUCCAUGCUGCAUUCACAUUCGCCUCACCUGGUCACUUUCUCAGCAGUCAGCGCAAAUCCAUGGAGAUGCCCCCACGCUCCCUACGCCUACCAGAGCCCAGUCCCCAGUCCGAGCGGGUGGGGUGGAGACUGUCCCGACUGGAACUCCACUUCCACCACUGGGCUGGCGUCCAGCUCCCGGGGUGGGGAGUGAUGAGCUGUUGGUGGAGAGGGGGGGAGGAGAGGAGGCGCGGGGAGCCUGCCAGGAUCGAUCUCCGGAGACCAGGGUGUCCUAGUCAUUGGGCAGGAACCCGGCCAUAAGCUUCAAGUCGGGAGCUGGAGAGAGACGCUGGGCAUCAAGACGGGUAGCAGCCACCUCUAUCCACUCUGGCCUUUCCUCGGCCGUCUCGCCCCCUCCGCCGGCCACUUUACUGCCUGUGGCCGGAUGGAAUCUCGGAGGCGGUCACCCCACGGGGACACAGUCCAAGUCGCUCGCCAUGCAUCUGAGUCCACCUCGGCGUCGCAGCCACUUGCGGAAGCAGAAGUCCCAGCACCGCUGCGUCUCCUGCCCCGGGCAGAGCCGCCAAGACUCGAGCGGUGGAGCACCGCCCAAAAUCAGCGUGAGCCUGGCGGGUGCGUGCACCAGCAGCCAGCGGUGGACGCGCACCAGGGCCGCCUGAUUAUCCUCCGCACAUGUGACCGCAGCCUGGGCGUGGCGGGGAGAGCGAAUCGGAGCAGCAGGUGUGAUGGGGCACCUUCCUCGAGGUGCCUGCAGCCACCGCAGUGAGGCCCAAGUUCGGGGUGGUCGGAGAGAAUAUGGGGGCCAGGGUCGGAUAGUCGUGGAUUUAGUCUAUCCAUAGCCUCUCCCUGCUCUAGGUCACCGAAAUCAAUUUCAAAUAUUAAGCGUUUACACUUGAUCAGUUCUCAGAGCACAGUGACUCCAACACACUCCCCCCGCCCCCUCCUGUGAUCAUCCAAUUGUCCUUCCAAGGUUCCAGUUCCCAUGAGGAUCCCAGGACCUGAAUCCUCACUCCAUUCCAGGAUGUCUGGCCGGUGACACUGUGGCCCAAGGGACUGAGGUGGACACGAGGCCCGGGCAAGUGUCUACCGCCUGUGCCUGGGUUUGGGGGUACUGAGCCUGCUGCAGAAGCCCAAAGGCAGAGGUUCCAAGGACACCCUGGCAUCGUUACCUGGGGUUCCCGCUCCUGUCCCUGCUCAGUGUGUGCUGCUGUGGCCAUGCAGACUCCUCCUUCCUGAAACUCAGCCACUCUGGUGCCCACGCGGGUGCUGUGGCUACAAACAAUAAAUGUCAUGGUGCCUGAAGCAUUCAUGAGACUGUCCUGGCCGCCAUGAAGCGACUUAAGAACGCUGGU